GCACUGGCGUUGCCUUGGCGACGAACAUGUUUGCAAGCGCCGCUUAUGUACAACGGUGUAUGGGAUUGCCUGUAUAAAAUAAAAAUUGGUGAGAUGACCGGGCGACCAGAAGCGACCUGUUAUAAUCUGCAUGAGUUUUUACUAGGACUUUCUAGUCGAUCUCGCGAGAGCCGAUUUGAAAACACACGCUAAAAAGAGUCUAGUGCUAUUUGGAUUUCAGUUCAGGAAUUACUAUAAUGGAGGUCCUGUCAGAUCUUGAACGGCUUCGUGUUUCUGUUGUCCUAGAAGAUUGUCUCGAGCAGCUGGCCAUUCUUGGAAGAAGCUUGCCAACCUCUAGCAAGCCUUCCUUCGGUGAUAUACGAUCAUCAAGGUCUGAAAUGCGGGGAGAUCAUCUAGGGGAUAUGACAAGUGAUCAUUCAAUGACCAGAGAUCUUGAUGAGACCACCUUCAGUACCACAGAUGGUCUACUCAAGGUGCAGUGGGACAGACAGUUUGCAGAAGCUGUGAUCAAAGACACUUUGCAGGAAGUGCGCUCAACUGGUACAUUCCACAAGUUGCUGCAGGCUGUUGAGAUGGAGAUGGAUCAGAAGGCUGGUCUCCAGGAUAUAAUUGCCAGCGAAGAAGAGAGUCGCCAGAGGAUAAAGUUACUACAGAGAAAGUUACAGGAGAUAAGAGAGGAGAAGGAACAGGAAGUGCAGCGACGCAACGAAAUGAUCGCUCACUUAAAGGAUCAGCGUCAGGAGAAAAAGGCCAAAAUGAUCCUAGAAGAGAAAUAUACAAAGAAAAAUGCAGAACUGCAAGUUUUCCAGGAGCAGAAGAAGUGUCAGGAACAAGAACAGGACCUAAAGAACCAAAUUGAGGAACUACAGGAAAAACUGGAGAUGUGGAUGGACAAGUAUGACAAGGACAUUGAGCUGAAGCAAAGGGAAUUGAACUUGCUGAGAAACUCCCGAAUCCAAAUCUGGGCUGAGAUGCAGAAGCUUGCCAAACAGUUCAGUGAGUAUGAGGCUGUGGUAAUCCAGGACCGCAGGGAGAGAGAGGAAGAGCAGAGAAAACUGGAACAGGAGGAACGUGAAUAUAAGGCUAGUGUCAAGAUCCAGGCCUGGUGGAGAGGUGUCAUGGUGCGUAAGGGAUUUGGUCCUUUCAGGAAAGGAAAGCAAAAAGGAGGCAAGAAAGGCAAAGGCAAAGGAAAAGGCAAAGGCAAAGGGGGAAAGAAGAAAAAAUAAUUACUUAGCUGACAGUGCCAGCUAAGUGUUCCUUUGUUCUGUUAGUUUAAAACUUUGUAUUAUAUGAGCAAGAAACAAAUUAUUUUCAGGGACUUUUUGAUAAAAAUACAUCACAACUUUUCCACACUGCUUACUGUAACCAUUUUUAGAAAAAAUACAACUUGCAUUUGGCUUCGGGUAUUCAUUUGAGAACCCUGGGUCCUUCAUCACAUGCAAACUUUUUUCAGACUACCAAGAGUUCAUAUGAAAGAUUAAAACUCACAGAUAUGCAAGAACGAUGAUGGACUUUAUAAAAAAAAAGAAAAGAAAAAGCAUCCAGUACACUACACAGAUUCUUUGCACUCUUAACUUUCAUUUUUGACAUGUGGUAACCCACCUUUCAUUUUUCAAGGGCAAGUUUUCCUGCAUUUUUCAUGCUGGCAGUGAUCGUGGACAGUAGAACUUAGGCUAGACACAAGUACCUGUAUGC